GUGAAUAUUUUAGUGCGUAAAACGAGUGAAAAGCACGGAAAAUUGCCCAUUAAACGCAAGACGAAGGCAAUUGCGACGAAAUUCAAGUGCGGAAAAUGCCAAAUUGAGGAAAACAAGUGCGCGGAAUGUCGAGACGAGCAAUUGACCCGGAUGAGCAAGCAGCAGCAGCGACGACGACGACAAAUUUAAUCGAAGAAUUUCUGGCGAAGACGAGUUCGUUGCGUAACUCGAAGGAAGAGAAGGAACGACAGAAUGAGGUGAUAAGUUAUGCGGGGGGAUUGACCGAAACAGCUGCUGGAGGCGAUUCGUAUGCUGUCGUAGCGCAUCUCGAUGACGAAGGUGAAAGUACGUCGAGUGACAACCAUGUAAGGAACACCGAUAGUGGAUUUUCUACAAUUUGCGACUACGGUAGCGACGUGAAUUGCACACCGAAGCGAUCGUGUUUCAUCGAUGCCAGCACUUUGUACGACGAAAAUGAGUUUGAUUCGCUGCCAUCGACCACGGCAACGGGCGCGGAGUCAUUUCGGGCGAGUAUCAGUUCGAAUAACAGCUCAACCUCGUCCUCAAGUCAACCGCGUUCUGAUUCGCGGCAAGAAAAUGAGAAGCGUCAAGGUUAUUUAGUCUUCAAAAACUCCAUUCAUCAAUAUUCGGGGCAUCCAAUUUCAACUUCCUCGAAUUCUAACAGCAAAGAAGCCGAAGAUUUCGAGAUUGUAGACUUCCCCGAAGAAAAUGGGACCCCCCAAAACUCCUUGGCAUACAUCCCAACUGCAGCGCAUGACGAUGACAGAGGUCGAGUUGAGGACCCCGCGCCCAUUUUAACUGCUGCCGAGCUUUAUUCGAGUCGUGCGGCAAUGACAAAGCGCCAAAAACACGACGAAUCGGCGCCAAUUGUCUCUGGAGGAGCAAGUUUGACGGAUUUUAAGCCCUCAAUGACAGAAAGUCCCGCGGUGAGACGUCGUACGGAGAUGUGUCCCAUCGUUUCCGGCGGUUUUUGUGACACAGAUUUGCCGGUUGAGACAAAAGAACCCAAAAAACGAUCAUCUUCCGUGACUUCGGCUUCGUGGGUGGUCGAUGUCAGCAGUUUGAGGGGCUCAAGUCACACGACAGAAGCCAAAAAUGACUUUAGCAGUUUGAAAUAUACGCGGGAAACGAGUUCACCAAAGCCCAGUUUGAGUUUUUACGUGAAUUUGGAGCCGGAGAAGAAGGAAACGAAGGAAUUGAGGGAUUAUGAGACCCCGAAAUCGCUUCAACUCACGAAAUCUACGGGAUUUUUCAUUGAUUUGUCGGGAGAUAAGGAAGUUCCGAAGGAAAAAAAGAAAAUUACAGCGCCAGAACCUGUGGUAAUUGCUAAAAAACAAGAAGAAACUGACACGAAAAAUAUUUUUUCCAUGUUCAUUGACUUUGGUGAGAACAAAAAACCACGUACUGGUACGCCGCGACUCUCAAACAGUUCCUUCAAAAGUCUCGAUGGCAGUUUCAGAGGCGCAACUGCUCAAAAUAAGGACAACAAAGAAGUCACGGAGCAAAAACCAGCCGUCAUUAAGGCUUCUGAGCAAGAAGAAACGAAAAUUCCCGAAACUCCGAGUCCCGAUAAGCAAUCUCUGACCUCGGAAUCUUUCACGUCGAACACAAAUUCGCACGACGGCGGCGUAAAUGGCGGCAAAAAGCAACAAGACGCAAAAAUUAACGAAACUUUUGACAAAAGUUCACUCGGUUCAUUGACUGACGGCAUCCUAUCGAAGGAUUUAUCGCCAAUUUCGAGCACCGAAACUGACGAUGCGACGUUCCAGCGCGAUUCAGACGGAAGUUUUGUGCCACAGAAGAAAUCCGAGUCGAAAGAAUCGAUUAUCAGGUCACAAGAAUCCGACAUGCAAAUUGCCAUGGAUUCGAUUCAAGCGAGAAUUGAGAUUCAGAAACAAGCGUUACUCGAUACGCCAACGAGUGACGGUGGGACUUUUGUAAAAUUAUCGGAUAUGGAUAAACAACCGAAAUCGUUGACGGGCUUGGAAGACGUGCAAAAACCACGUGGAAAGGGAAUGUCGGCGUCAGCUGGAAUGACGGGAAUUAAGAAGCAUAAUUGGUUGGGCGACUUGGGAACGCAAAAUGGUGACUUGGGGAAGCAAACGAAUCUGUCGCCGUCUGAGGGAAAUGUUAAUUCGAUCCCGUUGGCGUCUUCGGUGGAGAAUUCCAAGUCACUUAGUCGAUUGUUUCCGCAUCUCAGUGAUGUUUUCAGUAAAAGCCUUCCCAAUGACAGCGAAUUCACAAGUUAUCGCAACUCCAACUACUUGAGCGACAUCGCACAGUCAGAUAUCUCCAACACAACGACAUCAAGUGUGACAUCAGGCUUAGAUUCCCCCGAUGAGUCAUCCAUUUCGUGUCGUCAACCGCGUCGCUUGGGUGAAGAUCUACUCAAGAUGUUUUUGCAGGAAAUUGCGACAGAUAUCACCGUAGAAGUCGGCAGCAAGAAAAUGCGAGCACAUAAAUGCAUUUUACGGUCCCGUUGUCAAUAUUUUGCUGCAAUUCUCGCUGGAAAUUGGGUCGCCAAUGCCGGAAAUGUCAUUUCGUUGUCGGGAUAUUCGUAUGCUGCGGUGCACUUUGCCUUGUGUCAUAUUUAUUCGGGUGCCUCGUAUCCGCCCGAGGGAAUUAGUUUGAUGGAAUUGGCGAGUCUUAGCGAUUUGCUGGGACUGGAAGGCCUGAAGGAAGUGACAACGUACGCCUUAAAAAUUAAUUAUUGUCACAAUUUCCAUAAACCGUGUUCCGGAUGCAUCGAGGGAGUGAUGCAAGUGUUUCCGGUGACGCUAAAUCAUGGCCUUGAUGAUCUCUACAGGAAGUGUUUGAAGUGGAGUUGUAAAUAUUGGGGCAAAAUAUGGACUACGAGGUCGUUUGCACUGUUGCCAACUGACGUUAUCUAUCGAUGUCGGCAGAGUAUUUUGUCUCAUAUGAGCUCUGAAUCAGUUCUCAACUCAAUAAUCGACUGCGAGCAAAUGCUUUCUGUGCUCGAACUCUCACGCUGGGCCGUUCUUGUGGAAAAUGUUGUACGAGAAAUCCUCGAAUCAGCUCAUAUGUACAUCGCGGAUCACUUUGCGAACCUUCUUGCGAGUGACAGCUUUUUAUCACUGGGUCACGGUAAAAGUUGGGCAAUUACCAACUUGGAGGACCUCCUUUUGCGCACCGCUAGUACAUUAACCCCCGACCAAGCAUGCAAAAGUUACCCGAGAGCCGUUCGUUUGAACACUCUCUUGACUGUUCCGAACUCCCUGUCCUUCGACAACAGCAAAAAAUCAAAAGAUCACUCGGAUGACGACGAUUCUCUCACGUGGAACGAAGAUUUUGUGCGUCUCGUGAGUGCGAUCUUGACUGCCGUCGAGCAAUGUCUCAUCCGACAAUGUUCGCGUGCCAUGAAAUGCAGCUCGUUCCAACGAAUGGACCCGAAUUUGAAGAGUAAGAUCCAGAAAUUGGCUUGCAUCACGGAUGUGAUUGAGGAAAAGAAGCUGACGAGUAUGAGAAAUAAGUUGAACUCUAAUUACCAAAUCGCAUCGUACCAAUCACGUGAUAGCGGAUUAAAUCAAAUCCGGAUGGCAAUUCAGGCACAUAACAACAAGUCAAACCGCGCUCCAGCUCCAGUUCCUUUGCAACCGUCCGUUUCGACGGCGACAGCGAACAAACCAAAUGUGCCGAAAAUGGGAAUGGGCAGCAAAACGCAUCGUUUUGUCGAUGAAACGCGUUUUGGAUCACUUCCAACGGCAAUGACGAAGCAAAUUCCCCGCGCCGAGAACGUUGAACGACUAAAAGUGGCACAAAAUGGCGGAAAUUCGACAGGAAGUUCUCGUAAAAGCAGCAAUUUUUCAGUUUUGUCUGAAGCGAAGAACUCCAGUAGCAGCGGCGUAAGUUCAUCUCUUCCAAAAUCGCGCUUAGCUGAUGUGAAACCGCGUUAUUUGGAGCCUAAAAAAUUGCAUGUGGCUGAAAUAACGCGCGGCGUUGGUAAUAAAUCGAACGCUUCGUCACGAACUGCAAGCCCAACUGUCGUGCGAAAGAAUAAAAUGGCGGAUAGCAAGGCGUCACAAGACUCGAACAUCUCUUUGGACAGCUUGACAUCGCCGAUGCGCAAGAAAAGUUCAAUUAUUUCCAGCAAACACACUUCCAAGGAGUCGCUAACGGCAUUUUACCAAGCGAACGGCAUGAAAGGACCGCAAAAAGAAAAUGUCGACAAAAACGGGAAAGCAAGUUCGGUGCGUUCAGCUCGUAGUCGCAUCGGAUCCGGCAGUUCAACGCAGUCCCAUUCAAGUUCUUUGGCUCCGGCGAAUCGAACAGUUCGAAAUUUAAAGUCUAAAAGUACGGAUACGUCACCCGGCAAUGCCCCAAAGAGCUUUUUCACGCAACGUUCGCGAAAUAUCCUCAUGAAACGCGAACAAAAGUUCGGUUCGAGUGUUCCUGUGCCAGUUCCGGUGCAACUUCCAACCUCCGCACGCGAAAGAAAUAAGCUUCGAUCACAAUUGGGGGUCUCAAAUGUACCGUUGCCCGUCACAGCGAAGACCACGACAUCAAAAGCGAUGGCAAAUCCCUUGAGGAAAUCCGCCUCAGCGACUUCUGCAGCAAGUAACAAGUCGACAACAGCAAAAAUUGACGUCACAAAGGCGAAAAAUGAGAAAAACAAGAAAAAAUCGCCCGUGCAAGCGACUAUCGUGUAUGAAAGAGUCGAGGAAUUGAGUGGAUCGACGACGUCACGCCUCGAACGGUCAAGUACUUUUUGCAAGGAAUCAUCGGAUAUCACAGAUCUGGUCACCAUUGAGUAAAAAGUGCACGAAAAAAUGAGCAGAAAUGCUUCUCUAGUCAUAAACCAAAAUAAUAUGCCCCAAUUUUCUCCUUUUUCAUUAAGAAAAAAAAAGUUACAAAGUAAUCUCAUCUUGUUAGAAAUCUCUCUUAUGUUAAAAAAAAUAAUAUUUUAGAAUUAAAGUUAAAAAUUUAAAAAAAUAAUCGAUCGAAUGGACCGUACUAAGUAAAAAAAAACUAAAAAUAACGAAAAAUUGUGAUGGCAAAAACUGAAAUAAUAAUUAAAGUUAUUAAUUGAUAUCAUUCCAUAUUCAUAAAAAUAUGGCUUUUAAGUAAAAAUUUAGCACGUAAGAGCUUAUAAAAAAAGUAUUGAUUGAAAUCUUGCUAAUUUUUUUGAAUUUUGUAAAGUAUUAUUAAAAAUAAUUUUAAAAAUUUUGUUCAAGUGAUUUAUAAAAAAAAAGUUGUCGCAUGGAAAAUUUCUUUUUUGGAAAAAAAAUCUCUAACCACCUGCAAAAAAAAAUAUUUCGUCCCUUUUUGAAUCUCUAAAAAAAAAUUUUUUUAACGCACUACUCUAGGAUAGUUCUAACAUACGUAAGACCAAAGGUUACAAUUAAUUAUUGUUAGAAAUAUCACUCAACUUAGCCUUUCCCCGCAGUAAAUUUGGGGAAAAAUUCCGUCUUUUUGAUCUCAGUUUUCAUGACAGAAAAACUCGAAACUUAAAAAUGCCUGUGACCUCUUUUUUUAUUUGGAUAGAAAUUUAGUUUUAAGUUGAUGAAAUUAGUUAUUAUUUAAAGGAAAGAAUUGAUGUCUACUACUUCUAUGUAGAAACGUAUGGAAAUAUUUAGA